GCAAACAUGAUUCUUGCAGUUGUGGUUGUGGUUUACAUUGUUUUUUCAUUACAGUUCUUUAUUAAGUAAAAAUUGUUAGUUAAUUCUAUAGACGGUAUUUAGUUACAACUAAAAAGUUGAAUAAAGCACUUGUUAUAUUUUAAAUGUUGUUAUACAUCUCGUUAAAAUUAUAAAAUUCCUUGCGUAGUUUAGCAAAAUAUUGUUUGCAAACACAGAAUAAAUAUUCGCGUUAUAUUUUGGCAGUGUAAUACACUGAUAUUACUGCAUUAAAGUGUUCGUAUACUUGAUACUUGAUAAUCACAUUGAAGGUGUAAGAUAAACAUCAUCCUAUUCUCAACAACUUUUGGUCAUUGGACUUGAUCAAGUUCAAGGUUAUAGUCGGACGGAAAACAGAUGGGAUAUAAAAUGGGCGAAUUAAGAAAUAAUAGCCUCUACGACCGUGUUAACAAGCUUUUGGUAUCUUAUGAGUGGAGUGAUUGUACAUUUUCGGUGUGUGACAAGAAAUUCAAAGCACAUAAAUUGAUACUAGGAAUAAGCAGUCCUGUAUUUGAAGCUAUGUUUUAUGGGCCCCUAUCAACUAACAGUGACAUUGUUAUAACCGACAUUGAGCCUGAGAUUUUUCAACAAUUAUUAAAUUACAUAUACACGGACAAAGUAGAAAUAACAUCAAUUGAGGAAGCCUUUGAAUUACUAUAUGUUUCAAGAAAAUAUUUACUAGACCACUUGUCCGAAGUAUGCAUCAAGUAUGUACAAUCAAAUGUAAACAUAGAUAAUGUUAUUACAAUUUUAAAUUACCCUGAUUACAUGCAAGAUAAACAAUUACUAUCUGCUUCACUUCGGUUGUUCUGUGAACAUGCUGCAUAUCUACUGAAGGAAAAUAAGAGAAUUAUCACAAGUUUUUGUCUGCAAAAAAUUCUCACUAGUGACAAUAUGAAUAUACCAGAAAAAGAGCUUAUUAAAUUCACUUUUGAGUGGACAACUUAUUAUUGUGAAAUGAACAACAUUCCUGUUGAUUUCAUGAAUAGAAGAGAUGUGUUAAUUAAAAAUGGAUUGUUUCAAUUAUUAAGGUUUUUAUCAUUAUCUGUAAACAGUUUGGAUGAAAUUGUUAGAAGUGAAAGUAGCUUACUACUACCUCAAGAAUUUGAAUAUAUUAAGAAAAUGUUAGAACGUAGUGCCUUAUGCAGCAAUAAUAUUGACACCAUUAGUACUCUUGUAAUUCCAAGGAAACCAUUGAAAUUGCAAUGGUAUCUUUGUCAUCGUAGUCCAGUAAGAUCUGCCACACCAGCUAUUAUAGAUUCAACUCAUAACUAUGUCCUUUGUAAAUUAAAAACUAAUAAAUCAAUAUUUAUCAAUAAUCUAAAUAUACCAUCAAGGAUGACACCAGUAUUGAACUUUUGUAACAACACACCAAAACAAUACUGUGAAAAUGUUUCAAUUUCAUUGAUAUGUGCCUCUGACAAUAGUGUCAUUGCACAAUAUAGAUAUAACAACAAUGUAGAUUAUGAUUCCAACAUUGAUAUUGAAUUCAAACAACCAUGUUUUAUUAAAAAAGAUAACUGGUAUAAAAUAUGCUUCCAUUGGCCGAAAGAUGACAAUUUAUUUUCAUUUUCAUAUGGCAUUCAAUGCAGAGAUACUGCCUACACCAGCAAUAGAAUUUAUUUGGAAUUUGAAGAUGUAUUUUCAUCUUCUGACAAUUAUGGCAGUUUCUUAAGAGGUUUGAAAUUUUGUCUGUAAUUGGACGGGCAUUAUAUGGAAUAUGGUGUAACUGAAGCAAUACCUUAAUUUAGACAGCUAUGUACUUAUUUAUUUAAUU